AUGUUGCUGCUACUUUGCUGCCUUUUGGUAUUCUUGUUGGGGUCUCAUGCAUCGCCUGCAUCUAACCAAGCGGGAGGUGUCACUUGUGUUGUCAAAGCGGCCUCUAAUGGACGGGACUCUGCAAAAGUCAUCCGAGAUGCCUUCAAGACUUGUGGAAAGGCCAAAUCUGGACAACGGAAUCGUAUCGUGUUUGAGAACACAACUUAUACCAUUGCAAGUGUUCUGGAUACUACUGGUUUGAAGGAUGUUGACAUUGAGCUGCAUGGAACACUCUCCUGGAACAAUUCUAACCUCAACUAUUGGCUGGAAAACUCAUUACCGAUGGGCUAUCAAAAUCAGAGUACCGCUUGGCGACUUGGCGGCGAUGGUAUCACAUUCCAAGGAUAUGGCUCCGGUACCUUUAACGGAAAUGGUGACGCGUGGUAUCGAUUCAUCAACGGAAGGUCGAACUAUCCCAGACGUCCGCAUCAAUUGACGAUCACUGGUACCACGAACUCGGUAUUCGAAGGCUUGAUCUUUCUCCAAAGUCAGAUGUGGACGAUGACAGUGAUCCAUUCAUCGAAUGUGUUACUGCAGGACAUCUAUGUCAACAACACCUCCAAGACCGGCGCACCAACAGUCAACACCGAUGGAGCCGACACAAUCUAUGCAAAUAACAUAACCUUCCGCCGAUGGACUGUAGACAAUGGCGACGAUGCCAUCUCGCCAAAAGCGAAUUCGACAAACAUCCUCAUUGAGGAUUCGGCAUUCUAUCGUGGUUCAGGUAUUGCUUUGGGAAGCAUUGGCCAGUAUGAUGAUACGUUUGAGACGAUUCAAAAUGUGACAUGUCGCAACAUCACAUCUCACCGAACGAAAUAUGGUGCCUACAUCAAGACAUGGACUGGAGUGAACAAGGGAUACCCGCCAAACGGUGGUGGCGGUGGUUACGGCUAUGCUUCGAACCUCACCUUCGAGGACUUCAAGCUGAUAGAUGUUCAAAAAGCAUUUUCAAUUACUCAAUGCACGAACUUCGAAGGAAAUCAAGGCGAUUGCGAUACAUCGAAGUUCAACAUCCAUGAUGUCUACUUGAGCGACUUCUCGGGUACGAUUCGUGGAGACGUUGUGACAACACUGCAAUGCAGUGCAGCAUCUCCUUGCCGCAACAUCCAGUUGUUGGACGUGGCUGUUAUAAACAGCUCGAACAACACAACGCCAAGGCAGUACCAAUGCGAUAGUGUUAAGCGAACAGUAGGUUUCAAUUGUACAGGUCCACCUGACGGAGAGGACAAUGCCUUUAAGAAGUUAUGA